AUGCCAUCGAAGCACCUAGAGCACACCUUUGCUUCGUGGUCAAAGAAAUACGGUGACCUGAUGUAUAAUGAGUCCUUUGGCCACCGUACAAUCAUCAUCAACUCGCAGAGGGUCGCACGGGACCUGCUAGAGAAGCGGGGCGCGAAGUACUCGAACCGACCGCGAAUGACAAUGCUGGUAGAGCUAAUCGGAUGGGAUCCCAUUCCGGCGUUAUUGCCGUAUAGGUCGGAAGGCCACCGCAAACAACGCAGGUGGACAUGGAGUGCGUUCGGUGACAAGAAGUCAGUGCAGAAGUACAAAGACUUGGGAGAAAGGGAGACGUGCAUCUUCUUGCUGGGCCUGAUGGAGACGCCCGACGAUUAUGCUCUACACAUCAAGAGGUACCUUGCAGGUCUUGUCCUCGAGUCCGUGUAUGGGCAUCGCAUCACGUCGCUGGAGGAUGAGUAUGUGACACUGAUGGACAAUGCUAUGGAGGCGACCACCACCACAACGGGAGCAGCAGGCGGGGCCUUGGUAGACAUAAUUCCAAUCUUGAAAUACGUCCCCGCGUGGCUACCCGGAGCGGGCUUCAAGCGAGCAGCGCUGCACGCGAGGUCCCUCGUAUCCGGAGACGCACCGCCUUCAUUUACUUCCGCCCUCGUAGAGAAGGCGCAGAAGAUGGGACAGCUUACCCAAGACGAAAACCUCAUUCGCUACGCGGCAGGGAACAUAUAUGGCGCUGCGACAGAUACGACGCAAUCCGCUUUACUCACUUUCUUCUUAGCGAUGGUGCUCCAUCCAGAGGUAUACAACAGAGCGCAGGAGGAAGUGGAUCGUGUUGUCGGGAAGAACAGACUUCCGACUUCGGAAGAUAGGCCGCAUCUCCCUUACAUCGAAGCCGUCCUGAAGGAGACUUAUCGCUGGCAUGCGCCCGUCAUUCUCGGCAAGAGCUUCUAG